GGUGUUAACUGUUACAGAUUCUUGAGCCCAACUUUAACUAUGCCUCGCCCAAAAACUAAGACCAAGAGCGAAAAUCUCGCCCGCAUUCGCAAUAAUCAACGGCGCUCAAGGGCAAGGCGACUAGACUAUAUUCGGGAUUUAGAGGAAAAAGCAAAGAAAUACGACGAGCUAAUUGCAUCAACUCCUUCCCCAUCGCUAUCGAAAUUUGAUAAAUUACAGUCCGAAAAUGCCUGGAUGAGAGGGUUACUGGCUACCCUAGGCUUCAAUUUCAACUCUGUGGACCCACCUCCCGAGAGCAUCCACGACAGCGAACCCAACAUGAUGUCAGCGAUCACGGGCUCGGUUGCUACUAGCGUGGAGACUCGCCAAUCUAUGGAAAAUCCAACUUCCUUGUCAUUCUGGGAGCAAUGGGACUCGUCAGGUCUAUCGCCUGACAUGGGACUGGAUUUCAAUACUCCGUUACUAUUGAACAAUUUGGAUACUCUCUCGGCAGAAUCAACAGAACCGAAUAUUGAGCCCAGCAGCUACCAGGGGACCCAGGAGGCCACUGAAACAAGUCCUUCGAGCAACAUGAAUACAACUCUGUGCUCUUUAGCAUGUCAAUGGGUGAUCCAAUGCAAUACAAAAGGCGUGGAAUUGGAUGUCCUGUACUUUCGGAUGGAGCGUGGUUUCAGAAAAGGGAACAAUCCGCUGGAGGGAUGCAGGGUGGAUAAUCAAGUCCUUAUUAAGGUUUUGACGGAAAUAUCUUGA